UGCACUUCUUCAUCUUCAUUCUUUCAUAUCUUUCCAUCAAUCCCAUUCUUUCUUUAAACAUUUUCGUAUAAAAUAAAAAAAAAGGAAGCAAAAAGCAUAAACAUGUCCUCUAGAAGAUCAAGAACAAGACAAUCAUCAACGACAUCAAGAAUCAGUGACGACCAAAUCAACGAUCUUGUUUCCAAGCUACAACAACUUCUUCCUGAAAUCCGCAAUCGCCGUUCUGAUAAGGUGUCGGCGUCAAAAGUGCUACAAGAGACAUGUAACUACAUCAGAAGCUUGCAUCGAGAGGUUGACGAUUUAAGUGAACGACUCUCCGAGUUGCUUGAAAAUACUGAUUCGACUCAGGCUUCCAUUAUUAGGAGUUUACUCUCACAAUAACUAAAUCAUAUAAUCAUAUUCGCUACACAAAUAAUUACCAUUUCUUCCUUAAUUCUCACAAUGUACGGUGUCGUACUAGGUAACUUCUUGGGUCUUUUUGUCAUCGUACGUACAUCCGAAGAUGAGUUUUUAGACUUCUUUUAGAUAAAUGGACUUACUUAAUUUGCUUAUUAGUUGAGUAUUAAAAAUAUGUAAUAAAGGGAUUAAUUUUUGGAGGAUUUUCAUACUAGGAGUAGCCAUAUAUAGUUUAUUUUCUUCUAAAUCUAAUACACUUUUUUGGUCGUUUGUAACUCAAAUGUCUGAUCUAAAUGAUUCUGACGUUUGUAAAAUGCAUGAUUGGCGAAAUAAAAAUCUUAUGAUGCAUUCCAAUA